AUGCGACAGAAAGAAGAAUUCCCCGCGGAACGGCGGCGACUGUGCCCGACGUGGCUCGGGGUGCGAUCUGCGGCGGUCGGGGACGUCCCAUCCCGUCGCGUCCCAUCAGAUCCCAUCGCAUCUCAUCGCAUCGCAGCCCAUCCCGGUGGGUCGGUGGCAGCGUGGGGCGGAGGGGACCUUUCACCUCCCAUUAGCGAUGCCACCGGGCAGUGCGGGGCCGGGGUCACCCCGCAGAUGGCACACAGUCUGCUCAGCGCCGCCAGCUCCGGCUUUGAAAUUUUAGAGAGGGGAAAGCAGCACAACGCAGCUUUCCGGGGGAAUCGGCUCUGCGCGCAGCAGAUCAGAGCGGUGGAUAAGCUCACCGCCCUGCGCCGGGUGUAUGAUUUCAUCGACCUUCGGCAGCGCCUCGCCUCCAUGGAGACUGCACUCCUCGCUCCUGAGCCCCGCCGGGGUACUUCAGGGUUCGUGCUCCUGGAUCUCGGAAAGGCACAUCUGUACAGGGCACGUUGCACCGUGGGACACGUGGGAGCUGGGAGAGAGGACUGCAAAGUGAAGACUCCAUUGGUGGCCAUGGCCAUUUUGGGAGGAUGUGAGCACAGCCAGGAACUCAAUUUUCAGACUAGUAGGAAGCUGUGGCCGUAAAACCUCCUUCCUACUUCCCCUCUCUCACCAGUUACUAAAUACUGCAAAGUUCAUAAAUUGAGAAAGUUGGCAAAUCAGAGCACUGCUUCAUUUUGAGACAGGGCUGGGGCUGUGAGACUGCCAUUCUGUGCUGCCUGGGACAUAUCCCUGCUGAUGGAGAUGCUGGGAUGUGCUCAGUUGCCCAAACUGUGGAUAGGGAACAGCUGGAUGUAAAGGUGGAGUCAUGGGAUCAUCAUGGAAUCAUUAAGGUUGGAAAAGAUCAUGGAGUUCACCAAGUCCAACCCCAGCCCACCCCCACCAUGCCCACUGCCCACGGCCCUCAGUGCCACAUCUCCAUGGCUCUGGAACACCUCCAGGGAUGGUGAUCCCACCACUCCCUGGGCAGCUGUGCCACUGCAUCACCACUCUCAUAGAGAAGAAGUGUUUCCUAUUGCUAGAAACAAGGGCCACCUGGCUUCCUGCCUGGUGGGAGCGAGGUGCCCAUGCCUUCUAUGUGCAGCUGCUGUCACGAUAGCUGGAAACGGGCUGCUGCCAGCAGUAUGCUCCCACAUGGAACCACAGAAUGGUCUGGGUUGGAAGGGACCUUUAAGAUCAUCCAGUUCCAACCCGCUGCUAUAGGCAGGGACACCUCCCUCCAGACCAGGUUGCUCAAAGCCCCACCCAGCCUGACCUUGAAUGCUUGGUUUGGUUGAAUACCAUUGGUUUUGGGGCUGCUGGGUUUUGAUUUUGGCAAGCAGGGCCUGCCUCUGCUACAUCUUUCCAGGGAGCCUCAAAACAAAGAGGUUUUGUUAAGAAACAGGGCCAACUGCAUGCACACCAGCAGGGGCGAUGCACACAGGAGCAGCCUCCCAUCCCACGGUCGAGGUUUCCUCCGCUGGAGGCUCGCGUUGCUGCUGCUCAGCGUCAGAAAGCGGCUGCGAACACAGGGAAGAAAUGCAAGGGAAGAAACGAAGGCAGCAAGCCGGGCUGCGGCAGAGGCAGCCCGUCCUCCUGCUGCUCUCAGGGGGGCAUUGCAUCACGUUUGGCUCCUCGGGAGAAACGGGAGGCAGUGGGCAAAGCAACAGGGGGAGGCAGAGACCUGGGUUUGCUCCACCACCGGCAUCACCGGGCGAGUUCUGCUCUCGGCGCCUUCCUCUCAGCGCCGCAGACCGCGUGCAGCUCAGGGGAAGGGCCGCAUCUCGCAGCCCCUGGGCACAAAGCCUAUUGCCCAGGCUCAGGUAUCCCGACUGGGGUCUUUCUGCCCGAGGACGAGGAGUUAAAGAACGUUGCACUGAGUCACCAUCAGCAGCGCUCGGUUCCUCGGGGCUGGGUGCAACUCCUCAACAUUUUAUCUUUUUCUUCCUUUCUGAGGCCCGUGCCAGCUUCGGCAGCAUAUAAAGUAGGUGCUAUUUUUAUUGAAUCUGGCUUUAAUGUAGUAGAUUUCUCACACGUGUGUUGGUUUUUAUUGUUGGUCCCGUUCCUGAACUUUCUGGCACCUCUGAGUGUAAAGUCAGUUAUGUGCACAUUGUUUGGCAGAUGAAUUCCUAUUUCUGGGAAUCAUUUUCUUUCUAAAAUGUAUUUCUAUAUUAAAAAUGUGAUCUGUAUCCAUCACUGAGGCUCCAGCCCAAAGACUUCUGCAGCCAGCCAUCACCACGGCGGGGGGACGCAUGCAGCCCUUGGAAGGAGACCCCCAGUAUCCAAGCCACGAACACGUCCAUUAAGACCUUGCUUUACUGACCCACACUCUGCCUCUUAGAGCAGAAAAGCUCCCCUCUGAGCCAUCACUAGGGGAAAUCCAGCCAGAAACGGGGGAUGAAAAGCAGUCUUCCAGCACCGCCUCCCUUCCCAGCUAGAUCAGGAGCCCACCGGCUUCCUCCCAGCUGAGUGCCUGCUGCUCUGGCAGCCCCGGUCCUCUCUCCAGCAUCCUGUAUCCCCACACAAAGGGACCCAGCUCGGGGCUGCCCACCCUUCCAAGGGUGCUGUCCCCCUUUCCCCAUCUGCAUACAAGCUGCCAGGGAACAAGUAACCGUGGCUGUGUGUGGUUUUCUCGCCUAGGGUGACCUGGAACACAUCUGCAAAGCCCUCCAAAGUAGUAGGAAUGUGCUCCGUUAGGACAUGAUUCAUCCUGCAUACCGCAUGGGUGGCUGCUCAGGGAGAAUUUUGACAUUUGCAUAGGCAGAGACUUUCCGCUUCUCACUUUGCCCUCCUGCGCUCUGCUGGGCUGAGCUGGGGGCUGCGCAGCCUCAAGUGCCUCCUGUGCCGGCCAGGGAUCCCCCCCCCCCCCAAAGUGGAGCUGACCCAGCAGCUGCUCCCCCCUGCACCUAACGGGGCAGCAACAGGAGCCCAGUGGAAAGCCUCGGAUAAGAAGCCUCUCCCAGCCCACUUGCGUUGGGUCAGCCAGACCGAAGGACGGCUUCAGACCCUCAGCCUUGCCCCAAGCAAAGCUGGAAAGGAGCUGCUGUUGGAGAUCAAUUAACUACUUGGAAACUGCAGCCGUCCCCCACAGGCAGGAAAAUAUUAUUCCAGUCCUACUGCUCAGGCAAAACCUUUGCCAUGCCAAAGGUAAGUGAUACGAACAACAGGACUGAGUCACACACGCUGCUGCUGGGAAGGAAAAGUGGUUGGGCAACACCACAAUUGUCUCCUUCUACCUUCAGGGAGCUGGAUUUGCUGUGGCAGCUGCAGAGGAGCGGGCUGAGCCACGGGGCAGAGAGGGAGGGAUGCACUGUGCUGGGUGGCCUCCAGGAACACCGUGAGCAGUGCUGUGUGGGGUGAGCAGGACUUGUGCUGCUGCUGGGAUAGAAUCCCCACAGAUUCAGCAAGUAGGGGUUUACCUAUCCAAAACCAAAAAGCCCUAAUGCCAAGGAAGCCGGGAGUAAAUACUGUCUGGUCCCAUGCAGUAGGUAGAAAUGUAUUACGAUAGUAUUUUAAUUAGGGCUCGAAUUCGGUUUGAGACAGAUUUAAUAUGUGGGUUUUAUAUGAAAUAGAAGAUUUAUGGUUUUUAAUUUAGUAUUUUUGAAGCGAAGUUAUGGUCUGGGAAAAAAACCAUUUGAGUCACAAGGAGAGCUCGUGCCAUUUAGGGAGGCUUCAGAUCAUCUCUACGGUGAGCACAGGCGUUCACUGCUGCCACCACCCUCACAGCCAGCCAUUAAAAGCACCGAUCCCACCUCGGAUUGCUCCUUUAACACACAAUUCAAAGAUACUGUAGCUAAAGAGAAACAUUUACACGAGAUGUGUAUAAAUAUAAAGUUUAUUCAGUAUAGUGUUUAGAAAAAUAAGUUCACAUCAUCUCAGAAUACAAAUAAAACACUUAAUUGUCCAGGCACAAACCCCUGUUA